UUUAAAGUUCUUCCUGAGAUGAGAUGCUUCUUCUUCUUCUUCUUCUGCUACUUGUUCAAUCCAAAUUGAGUGUGAAGUGAAGGAAUCAAAUCGCCUUGUUCAGAUCCGUAAAGAUCUCCUCCAUGGACGCGGUCGGUGCAAUUUGGGAUAUUCUGACAUGCUUCUGUGGCUGCACAGUCAAAACUGUCAAGACAAUCAAAGACCUGGAAACAAAUGUGGAAGCCUUAGAAAAUGCAAUGACACAACUGAACGAAGUUCGUGAAGAUGUGAAAAGAAGGGUGGUUCUCGAAGAGGAAAGGAAGAUGGUACGCACUAAUCAGGUCAAUGGCUGGUUGCAAAGGGUCGAGGCGACUGACAAAAGUGUUAAGGAGUUUCGGGAAAAGGCUAGUCAGAAAAGGAAUUGUUGUACUUGCUAUUGGUUCAGAUAUAAGCUUGCUAAGGAAGCUGUUGUGAAGCGACAAGCUGUUGAGGAGCUAAGGAGGGAAGGACUAGCAUUCGAUACGGUAGCUGAGGCGUUGCCGCAUGGUGUAGCAGAUGAGAGACCUCUACGGCACACCGUAGGAUUGCAUUCACCUCUUGCACAAGUGAAUAGAUGGAUUGAGGAUGAUAAUGUGAGGAUCAUUGGGAUAUAUGGAAUGGGGGGUGUGGGGAAGACAACGCUUUUGAAGAAGUUUAAUAAUACUUUUCUAAGUAGGAAUCAUGGAUUCGAUAAAGUGAUUUGGGUUGUAGUGUCUCAAACAUUCAGCAUUGGAAAAGUUCAGGAUGCGAUAUGGAAAGAACUUAAGAUUUCUGAUUCUGAUGACAAGUGGAAGGAUAAGGAUGACGAAGAAAAGGCCGUGCAGAUCUUGAGUAUUCUUCGUACGAAGAAAUUUGUGCUCAUGUUAGACGACGUAUGGUCGUGGCUGGAUCUUGUUAGAGUUGGUGUUCCGGAUUUGGAUGGCCAAAGAAUGUCUAAAAUUGUUAUCACGACGCGAUAUGAACAUGUUUGUGAUUCCAUGAGACAGGACAGGAAGAUCAAUGUAAGUUGUUUGGAGAAAAGGGAAGCGAUGGAACUUUUCAUGCAGCAAGUUGGACCAGAAAUUAUAGAUUCUCAUCCAAGUAUUCGUGAAAGUGCUGAAACUGUUGUGAAAGAAUGUGAUGGCUUACCACUUGCCUUAAUCACUGUGGGACGAGCCAUGGCUGGGAAAAAAGAUCCCCGUGAUUGGGACAUGGCAGUUAAGAAACUACGUAGGGAUCCGUCGAAGAUCAUGGGACUGGAAGAUGAUGUUUAUCAUGUUUUAAAGUUUAGCUACGACAGUUUACCCAGCGACACAAUUAGAUUGUGCUUCUCUUAUUGCUGCAUAUUCCCGGAGGACUUUGAAAUCUGGAUCGAUGAUCUCUUAGACCUCUGGAUUGCAGAAGGUUUUUUAGAAGAAUACGAUGAUCUGCAUGAAGCCCGUGAUCAAGGUCGAGAUAUAAUUAGAGACCUUAAAGCUGCAAGCCUUUUGGAGGGUGGAAGAGUUUCGUUGUUUGUCAAAAUGCACGAUGUUAUCCGCGACAUGGCUUUAUGGAUUUCCAAUGGACUCGAAAAAAAUAGAAAGAGGUAUUUGGUUCUGGAUCACAUAGAUCUGGUCGAAGAGUGUGCUGAAAAGAUGAUGGAAGCUGAAAGAGUUUCAUUGUGGGGUGCAACCAUAGUAGAUGUCAGAAGAGUUCAACCAUGGAAGAAGACGUUGACUUUCAUGAUAAGGGACACCAGAGUGAAAACGCUCCCUUUCGAAAUGUUGCAGUGUAUGUUUAUCCUCAAGGUAUUAGACUUGUCAAGGAAUGAAAAUCUAGUCGAGUUGCCCUCAAGCAUCGGUGAAUUGGUGCAACUUGAGUUUCUUAACUUGUCCGGCACCUCAAUCAAGGAAUUGCCCAUUGAGCUCAAGAACUCGACAAAAAUGAAGCACUUGCUACUGGGUUAUCUAGAAGUGAUUCCACGGCAGGUCAUAUCAAACUUCCCUUUGUUGCGUACAUUUAGAUUGUUCGGUGCUCAAAGAUUUGAUUCAUCGGAUGUGGAUGCAAAAGAUAACAUACUGAGUGGAGGUAUGGUAGAGUUGUUAGAAUUAUUGGAGGGCUUGCAGCACAUUAGCACCGUAUCUCUCACACUAUUCGACAAGAAGUCUAUGGAAAAGCUUAACAACUCACCGAAGCUACUGAGUUGCUUAAGUUGGCUUUAUGUUGGAGAGUUUAUUUCAGUAGAGUCUCUAUGUUUUUCAGCAGAGAGAAUGCGGCAUCUUGAGGGGCUAUCUCUAAAUGGCUGUCAGGUGCACGAGGUUAUAAUAAUUGAUUCUAAACAGCAUCAGUACGAGGAUGAGGAUAGAUAUGGUGUCGUCGGCAUUUAUGAUCACUCCAUACCAUCAUCACAAUCACAAGCAGCUCCAUGUUUCCAUAACCUCAAUCGCAUAUGCAUAUAUUCUUGCCCCAACUUGUUGGACUUGUCGUGGCUUGUCUAUGCUCCAAUGCUCCAAUCUCUUGUGGUGCAGGAUUGCACAUCCAUGGUUGAAAUUGUUAGUGCAGGUACAGGUCAUGACGUUGCAGAUUCUACCCAGUUAUUUUCAAGGCUUAAGGAUAUAUACCUUUCUGACCUUCCAUGUCUGGAAAGUGUGUAUCCACGUCCCUUGCCAUUUCCAUCUCUCAUCGAGAUAAUUGUGAACGACUGCAAAAGGCUUAAACGAUUGCCGCUUGAUUGGACAAGUGGACGAGGUGGCUGUCUAAAGGAGAUCGAAGGAGAGAGUGAGUGGUGGGAUGCACUGCAAUGGGAGGAUCCAAUGCACGAGCCUCACUUCCGCCAAUAUUUUGUGCCUAACGAGUAAGGGUUAUUUAUAUAUAUAUAUUUGUGGUGCGACUAAGCCAUGGGUUUAUUUCUUUUGAUAAGUUUGAAAAAAUUUUGAUUUAAAUUUAUUAUUAAAAUAAUGUACAAUAGGAUAUUUUGUAAGAAUAAAAACUGUAUUUUUUUUUCUAUUUAGAAAGACAGAAUAAAGAUAUAGUAGAAAUAUGAGAUUUUUGGUGCAAAGGAACACACAAGUUUUAAUU